UGCCGUACUAAAAAGUUGGGUGUUUGAAGUAGAAAAGUAGUUCAUGGGUACCUAACUAAUCAGUAAUCACUUUCCAACGUAAAAGAUGUUGUCUCGGGGGCCCAUAGUUGGAUAUUCCAACUUUCAAUUGUGCGCAGGAUUCCUCCUCUUCCCUCGCACUCGCACCACCUCCCUUUCUUCUUCUCUUUCUCCGCCAAAUUACAAAUACAGCUCUAACUAUUUCUGUUGUCAUCUUCACAAACACAAACCAACGCUUCUCAACUCCUCCCAUUUUCUCUCUCCUCAGACCUUCUCUUCAAUGGCGUCCGCCUCACACAAACCCUUGCAUUAUCCGCUCUCACGACGUGACGAUUCCGUCGUCGAUGAUUACUUCGGCGUCCAAAUCACCGAUCCUUAUCGAUGGCUUGAAGAUCCGGAUUCUGAAGAAACCAAGGAGUUUGUGGAGAAUCAAGUGAAGUUAACUGAUUCAGUGCUUGGAGAGUGCGAGACGAGAGAUAAGCUUAAGGAGAAGAUGACAGAGCUUUUCGAUUAUCCGCGAUUUUAUCCUCCAUUUAAGCGUUGUGAUAAGUAUUUCUACUUCCAUAACGCCGGCCUCCAACCACAAAGUGUGCUUUAUGUUCAGGAUAGCCUGGAUGGAAAGCCAGAGGUGUUGCUUGAUCCUAAUCAGCUCAGUGAGGAUGGAACCGUGGCUCUGAACACUUAUUCAGUGAGCGAGGAUGCCAAAUAUUUUGCAUAUGGUUUGAGUGCAAGUGGGAGUGACUGGGUGACAAUCAAAGUAAUGAGAAUUGAAGAUAAAGGGGUUGAACCUGACAGUUUAUCCUGGGUUAAGUUUAGUGGUAUUACUUGGACGCAUGACAAUAAAGGAUUCUUCUACAGCCGCUACCCACCGCCCAAUGAAGGGCAAAUAUCAGAUGCUGGAACUGAGACAAAUUCUAACCUUAACCAAGAGCUGUGUUAUCAUGUUCUUGGUACUGACCAGUCUGAGGAUAUUUUGUGUUGGAGAGACCCUGAGAACCCAAAACACUCAUUUGGGGCCGAAGUUACAGAUGAUGGAAAGUAUCUUCUGCUAUCUACUUCAGAGAGCUGUGAAGUAGUGAAUAAAGUGUACUAUUUAGAUUUAACAACACUGCCUAAUGGGAUUGAAGGUUUUCGUGGGGGAAAAGACUUGCUCCCUUUCACAAAGCUCAUUGAUACGUUCGAUGCGGCUUACGACGUUGUUGCUAAUGAUGAUACAGUAUUUAUUUUUCGAACUAAUAAGGACGCUCCAAGGUAUAAGUUAGUUCGUGUUGAUUUGAAGUCCCCAGGAAUAUGGACUGAUGUCAUUCCGCAGUCUGAGAAGGAUGUGCUUGAAUCAGCCUACGCUGUCAAUGGAAACCAUCUUCUUGUCUGUUACUUAAGUGACGUGAAGCAUGUUCUUGAGGUUAGAGAUCUUCAAACAGGUUCUCUGUUGCAUCACUUACCCCUUGAAAUUGGAUCAGUUGAUGACAUCUCUGCACGGAGAAAAGACAGUGUGGUGUUUUUUAGGUUCACAAGCUUCCUGUCUCCGGGCAUAAUUUACCACUGUGACUUAAAAUCUGAUGUUCCAGAAUUAAAGAUAUUCAGGGAAAUUGUUGUCCCUAAAUUUGAUCGUGACGAGUUUCAGGUUGAUCAGGUUUUUGUUUCCAGUAAAGAUGGCACUAAGAUACCAAUGUUCAUAGUUACAAAAAAGGGAAUUGUUUUGGAUGGAUCACAUCCAUGUUUAUUAUACGGUUAUGGUGGAUUUAACAUAAGCAUCACUCCAUCCUUUGGUGUUAGUCGCAUUGUUCUCUUAAAGCACCUUGGUGCCGUUUUUUGCAUUGCUAAUAUCCGUGGUGGUGGUGAGUACGGAGAAGAAUGGCAUAAGGCAGGAUCCCUCUCGAAGAAGCAGAACUGCUUUGAUGACUUUAUUUCCGCUGGUGAGUUUCUUGUUUCCUAUGGUUAUACCCAGCCAAAAAAGCUGUGUAUAGAAGGUGGAAGUAAUGGUGGGCUUCUUGUUGGUGCUUGCAUUAAUCAGAGACCUGACAUCUUUGGCUGUGCUCUGGCUCAUGUUGGUGUUAUGGACAUGCUUCGAUUCCAUAAAUUUACUAUUGGUCAUGCUUGGACAUCUGAUUAUGGUUGCUCUGAUAAAGAAGAGGAAUUCCACUGGCUUAUAAAGUACUCACCUCUACACAAUGUUAGAAGACCAUGGGACCUAUCAUCUGAUAGAACUGCACAGUACCCAUCUACAAUGUUAUUGACAGCUGACCAUGAUGAUCGUGUGGUGCCUUUGCACUCACUUAAAUUGCUGGCUACAUUGCAACAUGUUCUUUGCACAAGCUUGGAGAAUAGUCCUCAAAAGAAUCCAAUUGUUGGUAGAAUUGAGUGCAAGGCUGGUCAUGGAGCAGGACGCCCAACUCAAAAGAUGAUUGAUGAGGCAGCAGAUCGUUAUGGCUUUAUGGCUAAGAUGGUAAAUGCUUCGUGGACUGACUAAAAAUUGCUACACAAAAGUGAAGGCGUGAUUCUGAAUUGAAUUGUUUACUUUUUUAUUUAUCUAUCCCGUUGUUAUAAGACGGAGUAGGAGAAAGAGAGCUCUAUUCUUUUGGGAAAAUUUGCCAAUUACUACUAGAUCUUUGAUGACUUUGUAAACUACUACCUAGCUUGUUAAAAGUUGUCAAUUACUACCUAGGUCUUUAGUUAUUGUUGUCAA